CUCCAUACGGACAGCACAGCAAGAAUUUAAUAAUCCCUCUGAUUAAGUCCGUGGUGUGGUUCAUCAUGAUAACUCCAGCAUUUGAAUUGAGCCAAGAUCCAGAUUUCCUCACUAUAACCAUCAGUGUGCCUUAUGCAAGAGUUUCUGAAUUUGAUGUGUACUUUGAAGGGUCAGAUUUCAAAUUUUAUGCUAAACCUUAUUUUCUCAGGCUAACUCUUCCUGGAAGGAUUGUGGAAAAUGGAAGAGAAGCAGCAUCCUAUGAUGCAGAUAAAGGAGUUUUUACAGUUCGAAUGCCCAAAGAGACUCCUGCCCAGCAUUUUGAAGGACUCAAUAUGCUGACAGCACUUCUGGCACCAAAGAAAUCAAGGUCUGCAAAACCUCUUGUGGAGGAGAUAGGCACUUCUGAGCUUUCUGAGCAAGAGCAGGAAGAAGAAGAAUUUGAUUGGGAAAUUGAGCAGGUUCCCUAUGAAGCACCUACAGAAAACGCUUUAAAUAUACAGUGUCAGUAUGGAUUUGGAAAUUUACGAUCAGGAGUGUUUCAACGACUUCAGGAUGAAUUGAAUGAUGUUGUUGACGUUAAAAACCCUGACUUAACUCCUGUCAUUGAACGCAGACAGAAACGCUUGGCUGCUGAAGAGGCCAAAUUUGAUCCCGAUCAUUACUUAGCUGAUUUUUUUGAAGAUGAGGCAAUUCAGGGUUUGUUGAAGUAUAACGCCUGGUGGACCAAUCUUUACACAAAAAGGAUGGCUUCCGUGGAAGAGAGUCAGGAGCCCGGUAAUCAAACUGAAUUAGUUUCUUUUUCUGAAGAGGAGAAAUAUCAGCUGAGAAAUUUCACAAAUAAAUCUCAUCUGUUGGAUAAGGGAGCACAUCAUCAAGUAUACCUUAGUUUGGUUGACAUUCUUUUGGCAUAUUCCUAUGAAAUGUGUAUAACUGAAGGAGAGAAGAAUGUUGAAUCCUCAUGGAACAUCAGAAAACUGAGUUCAACAUUGAGUUGGCUUGAGAGUUGGACUAGUGUUCACGAUGUCCUCGUUGCCUUUGGAAGAAGAGUUUUAUGUUAUCCACUUUACCGACACUUCAAGCUAGUGACCAAGGCCCAAAGGGAUACGAUCCAGAUAUUGCAGCUAGGUAAAAGUGCCAUCUUAAAGUGUCUCUUGGACAUUCACAAAAUUUUUCAAGAAAAUGAUCCUGCAUAUAUUCUCAAUGACCUCUAUAUCUCAGACUACUGUAUUUGGAUUCAGAGAGCCAAGCAAAAAAAAUUGGCAGCUCUUGCUGAAUCUUUGCAGAAAGUCCAGAUUGCCAAGGCCCAUCUGAAGUUUGAACUAGAAGAACUGGAAACAGCAGCGCUCCUGGUGCAAGAGGAAGAAACUGCACUGAAAGUAGCGAGCUCAGUUUAGCCAACCUAUCUCAGACUCGGAUUUGGAGAAAUCAAGUCGGACUUCAUUCUCUGAGACGGAAGAAUCCAGUUCAGAUGAAGAGGAGGCCUCGGAUUUUGAAGAAAUAAACGAUUUGCCAAGUGAACUGUUUAAAGAGAGGAUGGUCCAGGACAAUGACAAUUUGACUUUAGAUGCUAUUCAAGAGAAAGCAUUCACUUCACAAUCCAGGAGUGUUCCUAGCGCUGUGAUAGAGGAGUUGAAAAAUCGAAUACA